UCAAGAUAUUUGGAAGCGUGAGUGAAGAACAAAACUCAGACUAUUCCCACGCUUUUUAGCAUAGCAUAGAAUAGUCACACUCGAUCACCGCCCCCACAUUCCGUUAACAAACAAACGUCUCUAAACAAGUGCCAGAAACUUACCAACCAAUCAGCCGCCGUUAACUCCUAGCUCAAGCGGCCGUUGCACGCCACUUCCACCAACGACGCUCUUGAUAGCGACGCACCUCUCUCUCUCUCUUUCUUUCUCUCUCUCACAUCGGCGCCGUACGGAAUUCGAUACUCUGAGAAAGUGAAGUGCGCCAUUUGGAUCUCAGAAAGCGAUAUACAUUUUGAUUUCUUCCUCUCAAUUUAUCAACUCGCCUCAGAGGUAAUCGAGGUGUGGAUUAUUUGAAUUUGAGUCUUGAAUAGAAUGCAAGGGGAAGGAUUAUUAAUUCAAGAAGAUGAGAGGAUUAGAACUUUGGAGCCUGAAACCUCUGAGGAUGAGUGGCGGAAGUCUCGAGCUAGAUCUCUUAGGAGAAGAGCAAUGACUGCCUCAACAAGACUCACUUAUAGUCUCAGGAAGCGUAAUAAGCGAGUAGCCGAUUAUCAAUUUGAUUCAGUUUUCAUUGAAGAUAUCCGUGAUGCCAAAGAGGAAGAAACUGUGAAUUUGUUUCGAUUGGCACUACAAACUAGAGAUCUGCUUCCAGAUUCCCAUGACAAUUAUCACACAAUGCUGAGGUUUCUGAAGGCCAGAAAGUUUGACAUUGAUAAAACGGUCCAGAUGUGGGCAGAUAUGCUCCAUUGGAGAAAGGAGAAUGGAGUAGAUUCUAUUAUACAGGAUUUCGUAUAUAAGGAGUAUGAAGACGUUCAGCGUUUCUACCCUCAUGGUAUGCAUGGUGUGGACAAAGAAGGGCGACCAGUUUAUAUCGAGAGACUUGGCAAAGUUGAACCCAACAAGUUGAUGAAUGUCACCACAAUAGAUCGAUUUUUAAGAUAUCACGUUCAGGGAUUUGAGAAAAUGUUUAAAGAGAAAUUCCCAGCAUGUUCUAUAGCAGCAAAGCGGAUCAUACAUAGAACAACAACUAUAAUUGAUGUGCACGGCGUGAACUGGUUGAGCUUUAGCAAAAUUGCAAAUGAACUUGUUAUGCGCAUGCAAAAAAUUGACGGUGAUAACUACCCUGAGACAUUAAACCAAAUGUUCAUUGUUAAUGCUGGUAGUGGGUUCAAGCUAAUAUGGAAUACAGCAAAAGGAUUUCUUGAUCCAAGGACCACAGCCAAAAUAAUUGUUUUGGGCAACAAGUUCCAGAGCAGAUUAUUAGAGGUCAUAGACGCAAGUCAACUUCCUGAUUUUCUGGGUGGAAGUUGUUCAUGCCCAAAUGAUGGAGGAUGUCUUAGAUCUAACAAGGGACCUUGGAAUGAUCCUGACAUUUUGAGAUUGUUAAAUUCUAGAGAAGCAACAAAGCCAGUGAAAUUUGGAAGUUCGUCUGUUGCUGAUAGAUUAGAUGCUGAGUCAUAUGCCAGCAUGGUCACUCAUAAAUUGGUUACAAGCACUGAAAUAUCGGAACCCGGAUCAACGUCAAAAGUAACGUUAAUUCCUUCAACUUUUAUGCAAACAGUUUCUUCUAGUGAGAAUAAAAGGAUGAGCAUACCUAUCUGCAACCUAGAUGAGCCAAACAAUGAUGCCAAAGAAGUUGGUGAUGUUGGUUUACCAAGUGGUUUAAGCAACAAUCAUUCAAGAAAACAACCAAAGAAGCUGGUGUCCUAUGUCACUAGUACAUUGAAUCAAAUCAUAGUUAAAGUGUUAGCUUGUAUAUAUGUAGUAUUUUCAGCAUUGGUGAAUUUCUGUAUGGUUCGCUCUUCCAAAAAGCAACCAGGAAGUCAUCAGAAAAUCCAGCUAGUGGAAUCCAGCUCUUCAGAACAAAUAAUCACUCCGGAAGUAAAGGAACCGAUUUGGCAGAGGUUGCGAAAUUUAGAGGCAGUAGUGACCGAGAUGGCUAAUAAACCUAGAACAAUUCCUCCUGAGAAAGAAGAUAUUCUUCAAGAGUCGCUGAGUCGUAUAAAAGGAAUAGAAUAUGACUUGCAAAAGACAAGGAAGGCACUGCUUGCAACUACUUCAAAGCAAGAUGAGCUUGCCGAGUCACUCGAAAGCUUAAAGGAUGAUAAAUUUGAUGGGACAAACUCAUGUUGGCCUAAAAAUAGUAAAUAUCAUGCCUCUGGAAGAUGAGUGUACAGCAUCAGUUUGCGAAGCUUGGCAAGUAUAUUGCAAAUGUUUUGCAAGUAUAUUGUUUUUGAAAGUCUACGGCUGAAUUACUGCGGGAUAUAAACUUCUCUUGACUUACAUAAAGGAUUUGCUCUCAUAGCUGACUUUACUUCUGUGAUAUAACCACAGAAUUUUGUACUCACACACACACACACCAGAAGAAAUGGAAGUAUUUUGCAAUACCCAUUCUUUUCAGGUUUGAGAAUUGGGAUAUGAGGGUGUCUCAAGGCAGCAAGAAGUUUUUUUGAGGGCUCUGAACUCUUGAGUUCUUCCUCUUAAUAGGCAUUAUUGUGUCAACCACAUUAUUUUCUUACUACAUUUCUUGUACAGAGAGUACAUAGAUACAAAAAAUGCUACUCAAAUUCAGAUGUAUUUAUUUUAAUGUAUACCAGUAGCAUUUAUGAACAAAAAGGAAACUUUUUCAGGUGAUACAUAGUACAUAGUUUGUGUUUUACUUUA